ACGUUUACAGCGAUUUUUGUCCUAAAAACCGGAUAAGUGAAAUUAUCCUAUAGAUCCAAAGAUGAUAGCCCUAGUGGAUGGACCAGUUUUGCCGGGAUUCCGCGUGGAAGAAGCUAUAGAGAUGGCGAAAGCUAACAAGAAGGUUGUGUUGGGACCGGGACUUCGUCAGGACAAGGACGAUGCCGUGUUGGUGUGUAAAAGUGGUGUGCUGCGAAAGAAAGCUCCCAAUACGUUUUGGGUCGACUGUUACCAGAAGCGCUACGUUCCCAACCGUAGUGAGAUUGUAGUGGGAAUUGUUACGCAGAAAGCCGGGGACAUCUUCCGGGUGGAUAUCGGCGGCAGUGAGCCGGCUUCGUUGUCCUAUUUGGCGUUCGAAGGGGCUACCAAAAAGAAUCGCCCCGAUGUCAACGUGGGCGAUGCCAUUUGCGCACGGUUACUCAUUGCCAACCGAGACCUAGAACCCGAACUGAUCUGCGUGGACUCUCAUGGAAAGAAGGGCAAAUUGGGAGCAUUACAGGAUGGCUUUGUGUUCAACUGCAGUAUUAAUCUGGUCAGGAAGAUUCUGAACCCGAAAUGCCCCUUUUUGGACCUGCUAGCGAAGGAAAUGGCGUUUGAGAUAGCUGCUGGAAUGAAUAGUAGAAUUUGGAUCAAGGGAAAAACCGUGAAAGAGACCAUUGCCGUGGGGAACGCCAUUCUAGCAGUCGAGUUAAAAUCGAACGACGAACUGAAGCAGCUCUGUGACGAUAUCGGUGGCUACGUCGCUGGAUUUUCCUAAG